AUGGUGUCAGUUGGACGGUUUUUGCCUCUGCUGCACUUUGCGUGGUUUUACUUCCUCCCUAGACUUUUAGCUCUGAAUGAUAUUGAACUACUGAAUCUCCCAUAUGAAUUUUCAAUUGCAGGAUUCAUCCGGAUGGCACUUUCUUAUGGUCUUUCCUUAAACAUGAUGUUUGUCCGUUCAGUUCAAAAGCAGUGCAGUUUAGAAAAUAACAUGCAUAUUCCCAGUGAGGCCCCUGAAGUAAUAGAAGGAAACCGCCUCACAACUAAUUGGCCGGCUGUGGGUAAAGUGGAGAUACAAGAUUUGCAGGUCAGAUAUGGGUCCAAUGUACCACUUGUUCUUUGUGGAAUAAGUUGUACUUUUGAAGGAGGGCACAAGAUUGGUAUUUUUGGCCGAACUGGAAGUGGGAAGACAACCCUUAUAAUUUCUCUUUUUCGUCUUGUGGAGCCAGCAUGGGGGAAGAUUAUUGUUGAUGGCAUUGACAUCUCUACAAUUGGACUUCAUGAUCUGAGGUCACGUUUUGGAAUAAUACCUCAAGAUCCUACUUUUUUUAAUGGGACUGUGAGAUACAAUUCGGAUCCCUUGUCUCAACAUUCUGACCAAGAAAUUUGGGCAGAGGCGACUCAACAUAAUUUGAGACCUAAGGCGAAAAAUUUAUACGGGGCUUUUAAUAUGAUACCUACAGUGAUGGAUUGCACGAUGGUUCUCGCUAUUAGUGAUGGAACACUAGUGGAGUACGAUGAACCAGUGAAGUUAAUGACAACAGAAGGUACCCUGUUUGGGCAGCUUUGUCAUGGAAUACUGGUCUAA